AUGUCUGGGCGAUUUGGCUGGGACGAAGCGGCAGGAACCGUAUUGACAACAUGCGUCCUGAUAUCACCCUUGAUAUCAUUACAAUGGCCCAGCAAUAUUGUCGCAGCUCGUGUAGCAGCCGUCCUUGUGACCGUGGCUGCUUCGUCGAGGAUAUGGGGCCACGUCGCCUCCCGAUAUGUGCCCGAGCCGUAUCUGGAUGAGAUAUUCCAUGUGCCCCAGGCGCAGAAAUACUGCGAGGGCCGGUUCGCCGAGUGGGAUGACAAGAUAACGACACCCCCGGGGCUGUAUGUUCGGAAACACGAGAGUCCGGACCAGAGACCACGACUGACCCGCUCCACGACCAGGUACCUCCUAUCGCUCGUUGUUCCCAAGAACAUGAUGGCAGCCUCCUUCCAGGAAGCCUUUGCCUGCGACACGGCGUCUCUGCGCGGCGUGAACGCCCUGUGCCUCGCAGGUCUGGCCUACCUCUGUCUCGAGGUGCGGCGGCGCAUCGAGGCCCGCCACGAGCCGUCCUCUUCAGCUGGUCUCCCCCCGCCCUCGGGAUACGCUCUUCACAGCGCUCUCAACAUCGCCAUCUGCCCCGUCAUCUUCUUCUUCGGCGGCCUGUACUACACCGAUGUGGCGUCUGCUGCCGUCGUCGUGGCUGCCUUUCUCAACUCUCUCCAGCGCAUGGAUCGCAGCAGCUGUGGCAAGCCGUCUCUAUUCAGUGACGUUCUGACCGUCAUCCUGGGACUCGCUUCGCUCUUGAUGAGACAGACAAAUAUCUUUUGGACCGUCGUCUUCCUGGGCGGUCUAGAGGCCGUGCAUGCUGUCAAGAGUGUGCGGAAGGCACGGCAGCCGACGCGGCAGCCGACGCGGCAGCCCACCGGUUUCGCGGAUGGCAUCAGGCUGUACGCGGGCAAGUAUUCUCGCGGCGAGGUGCAUGAUCCGCCUCUGGAUAUGGCCUGGCCGGACGACAUGCUCUUCACGGCUCUGAGCCUCGUCAUCGCAGCGGUCUGCAACCCCCUCCGCGUGCUGAGGCAGGUGUGGCCUCACAUCACCGUCCUGGUGGCGUUUGCAGGCUUCGUGGCCUGGAACGGCGGGGUUGUCCUUGGCGACAAGUCACACCACGUCGCAACGAUCCACCUCGCGCAGAUGCUCUACAUCUGGCCAUUCUUUGCCUUCUUCUCCGCUCCUCUCGCCGCGCUGCCGUUCCUCCACCAGACCUACACGGUAGCAUGCCGGGGUCUGCAGAGCUGCUACCAAGCAGUCCCUCUGUGGAGGAUGGCUGCGUCGGCUCUCUACGUCGGUGGCACCGUUGUCGCCUCGGCCCUCGUCGUCAAGUUCAACACCAUUAUCCACCCGUUCACCCUUGCCGACAACCGCCACUACAUGUUCUACGUCUUCCGAUACACCAUCCGGCGGGCGACGUGGAUCCGCUACGCGCUUGUGGCACCGUACACCGCCUGCCGUUGGGUCAUCUGGGGCACGCUGAGCGGUUGUUCUGCACCGGCUCGGGCUCCGGCCUCCUUCCUCAACCACCCGCUCGUCAGUGCGGACAGAGAAAGGGCCGAGUCGAAGCCCCUACAGCCAUCCUCGGCAGAGCCCGUAUCCGCUUCUACCGGUCUCAUGAUCCUCAUCGCCACUACCCUGUCCCUGGUCACGGCUCCGCUCGUCGAGCCGAGGUACUUCAUCGUGCCGUGGGUCUUCUGGCGACUGCUCGUGCCCGAACGGCGAUGGACGGGUGGGAGAGGGGACAGCUAUGACAUCAGACUUGUCCUGGAGACGCUUUGGUUCGUCGUCAUCAACGCGCUCACGAUGUACAUGUUCCUCUUCCGGCCGUACCAUUGGAGGGCAGAGGACGGGACACUUCUCGACGAGGGACGAUGGCAGCGGUUCAUGUGGUGA